AGGUCUGCAGUGCCUCUUCCCCGGGUACCCGGAGCAGUCGCCGCCGCCGCUCAGCCCCGCGGCCGGACCCCCACCCUCACCUGGGACUCCCUUACCCGGGGUACCCAGCCAGGUCUCCAAAGGCUCCUGGAAGAGAACUACGCAGCCCUUCCUGAGUGACCCUGGCUCCCCAGACCAACCUGGCUCCCCUUUCCCUUCUGAUCCCCCUGUUCCUUCCCUCCCUUCCCCACUCACCCUUCUGAACUCAAUGUAGAUCCAAGCCCUUUUCCUUCCCAGCUCCUAUUUCCUCUUAUCCUGAGUCCAAAGAUUCUGGAACCUGUUCCCACCUUGGGGAGGGAUCUUCUUGACUCUACCCGUCCUUGAGCAGAAACUUGAAAAGCAACCAGAGAAGGAGGCAGAUCUGGUGAAGUGUCCAAAGCCCGAUCAUGGAAGAGGGCUUCCGAGAUCGGGCAGCCUUCAUCCGUGGGGCCAAAGACAUUGCCAAGGAAGUCAAGAAGCAUGCGACCAAGAAAGUGGUGAAGGGCCUGGACAGAGUCCAGGAUGAGUAUUCUCGAAGAUCCUAUUCCCGCUUUGAAGAGGAGGAGGAUGACGAUGACUUCCCUGCCCCUGCUGAUGGCUAUUACCGUGGAGAAGGGGCCCAGGAUGAGGAGGAAGGUGGCGCAUCCAGUGAUGCCACCGAGGGCCAUGACGAGGAUGAUGAGAUCUACGAGGGGGAGUAUCAGGGUAUUCCCCGGGCAGAAUCUAGCGGCAAAAGUGAGAGGAUGGCAGAUGGGGCACCCCUGGCUGGAGUGAGAGGAGGCUUGAGCGAUGGGGAGGGUCCUCCCGGGGGCAGGGGGGAGGCACAGAGGCGGAAAGAACGUGAAGAACUGGCCCAGCAGUAUGAAACCAUCCUUCGGGAGUGUGGCCACGGCCGAUUCCAGUGGACGCUCUAUUUCGUGCUUGGUCUGGCACUGAUGGCUGAUGGUGUGGAGGUCUUUGUGGUGGGCUUCGUGUUGCCCAGUGCAGAGAAAGACAUGUGCUUGUCUGACUCCAACAAAGGAAUGCUGGGCCUCAUCGUCUACCUAGGCAUGAUGGUGGGAGCCUUCCUCUGGGGAGGUCUGGCUGAUCGGCUGGGUCGGAGACAGUGUCUGCUCAUCUCACUCUCAGUCAACAGUGUCUUCGCUUUCUUCUCAUCUUUCGUCCAGGGUUAUGGCACUUUCCUCUUCUGUCGCCUCCUCUCUGGGGUUGGGAUUGGAGGGUCUAUCCCCAUUGUCUUCUCCUAUUUCUCGGAGUUUCUGGCCCAGGAGAAACGUGGGGAACAUUUAAGCUGGCUCUGCAUGUUCUGGAUGAUUGGUGGAGUAUAUGCAGCCGCUAUGGCCUGGGCCAUCAUCCCCCAUUAUGGUUGGAGUUUUCAGAUGGGUUCUGCUUACCAGUUCCAUAGCUGGAGGGUCUUUGUCCUCGUCUGCGCCUUUCCUUCUGUGUUUGCCAUCGGGGCUCUGACCACGCAGCCUGAGAGCCCUCGCUUCUUCCUGGAGAAUGGGAAGCAUGAUGAGGCCUGGAUGGUGCUGAAGCAGGUUCAUGAUACCAACAUGCGAGCCAAGGGGCAUCCUGAGCGAGUAUUCUCAGUUACCCACAUUAAGACGAUUCAUCAAGAGGAUGAAUUGAUUGAGAUCCAGUCAGACACAGGGACCUGGUACCAGCGUUGGGGGGUCCGAGCCUUGAGCCUGGGGGGACAGGUUUGGGGGAAUUUUCUCUCCUGUUUCGGGCCAGAGUAUCGACGCAUCACUCUGAUGAUGAUGGGUGUGUGGUUCACCAUGUCAUUCAGCUAUUAUGGCCUGACUGUCUGGUUUCCUGACAUGAUCCGCCAUCUCCAGGCAGUGGACUACGCAGCCCGCACUAAAGUGUUCCCUGGGGAGCGGGUAGAGCAUGUGACUUUUAACUUCACGCUGGAGAAUCAGAUUCACCGAGGGGGGCAGUACUUCAAUGACAAGUUCAUUGGGCUGCGUCUGAAGUCAGUGUCUUUUGAGGAUUCCCUGUUUGAAGAGUGUUAUUUUGAAGAUGUAACCUCCAGCAACACAUUCUUCCGCAACUGCACGUUCAUCAAUACUGUAUUCUAUAACACUGACCUAUUUGAGUACAAGUUUGUCAACAGCCGUCUGGUGAACAGCACAUUCCUGCACAAUAAGGAGGGAUGCCCGCUAGAUGUAACAGGGACGGGCGAAGGUGCCUACAUGGUGUACUUUGUCAGUUUCUUGGGGACGCUGGCUGUGCUUCCUGGGAAUAUUGUAUCUGCUCUGCUCAUGGACAAGAUUGGCAGGCUCAGGAUGCUUGCGGGUUCCAGCGUGAUGUCCUGUGUCUCCUGCUUCUUCCUGUCUUUUGGGAACAGCGAGUCAGCCAUGAUCGCUCUGCUCUGUCUUUUUGGGGGAGUCAGUAUUGCAUCCUGGAAUGCGCUGGACGUGUUAACAGUCGAACUGUACCCUUCUGACAAGAGAACCACAGCUUUCGGCUUCCUGAAUGCCCUGUGUAAGCUGGCAGCAGUGCUGGGGAUCAGCAUCUUCACAUCCUUUGUGGGCAUCACCAAGGCAGCCCCCAUCCUCUUCGCCUCAGCUGCCCUUGCCCUUGGCAGCUCUCUGGCCCUGAAGCUUCCUGAGACCCGGGGGCAGGUGCUGCAGUGAGGGGGUCUCUGGGGUUUUAGGGAUGGCAGGCACACUGUGAGACCAACAGCUCCUUCUUCCCCUUCCCUGCCCUGCCAUCCUAGCCCCCCAGAACCCUCACUCUCCACUCCUGUGUUUGGUGUCUUAGCUGUGUGUGUGUGUGUGCAUGUGUGUGACCCCUUCCCCCCUCCCCCGUGGGCAGGGACUACAGGGAAGGCGCCUUCACCCCAGUUGUGGGAUGAAGCACUCCCCACUUCCUACCACCCUUGACUUUGCACAAGAGAAGGCUGAGCCCCACCUUCUCUCCCCCAGUGUUAGUGAGGGGCCCUUGCUUCCCUGCUCAGGGGUUCCAGAACAGGCUUCCUGCCUUCCCCUCAUUUCCUCUGCCUAGGCCCUGGUGAAACCAUGGAUAUUACGUUGGGGGCUGAGGUUGAGUGUAGACUAUGGACCAAAAGAACUCAAGUCUGAAGGGUCUCGGGUGCCCUCUCACACCUCCUGUUGGAUGCUGGGGGAGUAGCAAUAAACCUCAGCCCUCUGGCCUCCACUUUCCCCUCAAUUUGGGCUAUAAGUAUGAAGCCCGGAUUUUAUGAAAUUACCUUUCUGAUCCUUAUUUAUUUAGAUAUUAAGUUCUGAGGCAGCUCAGCAGGACUGUGUGUGUGGAUGUAUGUGUACACUUAUGUAUGUGGAUGUAUGUGCCAUGGGGGAGGGGUACCACUAUACUGUCCUAUCAACUAUAAGCCAAGGAUGAUCUCAAUGGACACACGCUCUGCCUCCCACAGUACCUCCCUGAACUUUGUGUCUGUGUUGAACCUAGGAGGGAGGAGUCCUAGGCCAGGCCAAGGUGAGUCCUGUAGCCUAGUGAAACCCAAGGGCACCUGACAAGGCCUGUCUCUUUCCUUUAAAUGUAGGGCCUCCUCUGGAGUGAGAGGCUCCACCUACUCACCAUAGCACAGUUAGAAAGAGCACAGUUCCCUCUCUUGCCCCAGUCUGUCUCCUAGCUGAUGGUGAAACGAGAGAAGGAAAGAGACCAGGCAUAUAGGGUCACACCAGCAGAUCAAAAAGCACAAGGAGCUGGGGCAAGGGCCCUCCUGGCAACUCUUUUUCAAGAGGAGAGGUUGGGCAGUAAGUGGGGGACCCCAAAGGCAGGGACCAGAGCCUCAGUUUCCCCAUCUCACCCACACAAUAGCCUCUGUAGGUGAAGCUGCCCAUGUCCCGCUCUACUCUGCGUGGCUGCUUUGGUGCCCUCCUCCCACUCCCACAGUAGCUGUGAUGUAUUGUAGUUUUUAGGUGUUUGUAAAAUGUUAAAAAAAAAAAAGUUAAAAGGAAAAAAGUGAAAAUAACAAAAAAGAAAAUCCAGAUUCACCCUCAUGCUCUGUCUGGUGCCCCUAUGGUCAUUCCCCACUUUUGUAACCCUGAACCAGGUGGUGACUGUUUUAACUCUUUGGUGUCUGUGCUCAAAGGACUGCCUUCUCCUUCAGUGCCCAGUAUCUGAGUGUGUGCCCCCCCUCCCUCCUUUCACCCUUUAUUUGCUGGAUGCAGCCCUCUCCCCUGCGUCUCAGGGGAGACUCAUCCGCCUCCCUCCCUGUCCUGGAGAUUCUCAACCCAACUCUGUUGAUGUG